GGCGGCGCGAACGACGACUACCUCUGCGCGCGCAACGACUACGGCCAGACGGCGCUCCACCUCGCCGUGCGACAGAACCGCCUCGAUUUGGUGGAUUUGUACGCGCGGCGGCGGCUGUGCCUCGACGCCGCGAACUUGGACGGCGACACGCCGCUCCACUACGCCGCCGUCUUCCAGCGCACGGACGCCGUCUGGAUGCUGCUGGGCGCCGGGGCGGACCCGGGCGCGACCAACGCCGACGGCGCGACGCCCCUCGACGACGCGCGCGAGAACCGCGCGCGGACCGUCGUCGCCGUCCUCGAG